UUGCUUUGCCCGUGUGUUGAAUCUGAUGCAGGAGUCUAACACCGUUGAGUACACAUCAAUGAAAAGCUUAACCGAGCCAAAGCAUGGAUUCUGGGGUGUUUUGGCAAGGAAAGCUAAAGCAAUCCUCGAAGACGAUAACGACAAUGGUGUUCCGAAUAAAUCUGGAGAUUAUGGCACAGAUCAGCCUCAAACACGUACCUCACCGACAAGUUUUCAGAAUCUGCAAUCCAACUCAUCCUCUGAAAGUUACCGAAAGCCGGAAAGCCCUGCAUUCCAGAGAGGCUCAGAAGCAAUAAAAGAUAUCGGGGGGCGAAUCCGAAAUGCCUUCGAAGAGGGUUUGACAAUGGUGGAGAACAGGACUGCUGAUAUUAUUCAGGAAACAAGAAAGCUACAGAUCGGAAGAAAGAACAGCAGUUCCAACUUACAGAAUCUGGAUGUCGAUUCGCCGAAUCUCUCUUCGAAUCAAAGCGAACAAGAGACUCAACUAAAAGCUUCUCGCGACGCUGCUUAUGCGAUGGCUGCGAAAGCCAAACUUCAUUUGCGUCAACUGAAAACGGUGAAGGCCGACCUUGCUUUCGCAAAAGAGCGCUGUGCUCAGCUCGAAGAGGAGAACAAGAUGUUGCGGGAGAAUCGCCAAAAGGGUAACAACAGUGAAGAUGAUGAUCUGAUAAGACUCCAGUUGGAAACACUGUUAGCCGAGAAGGCGAGGCUGGCGCACGAGAACUCUUUAUAUGCACGGGAGAACCGAUUCCUCCGCGAGAUCGUGGAGUUCCAUCAACUUACCAUGCAGGAUGUCGUCCAUUUUGACGAGGAGGACAUCGAAGAGGUCGACGACGUUGACCCGAUCGAAAUGCUACCCAAUCUCUCACCAAUUCAUACAGCUCAUGAUGUGCACUCUUCCGCCAUACCGAGCCCUCCGUCUCCAACCUCUAAUCCUAAUGGACAAUCAUCUCCAAAUCCCAGUGUUCGGUCUGGGAGUCCGAUUAGCCCUCACUCUCCGAAACAACAUGGCUUAGAGACUCCACCAGAAGAAACAAAGGUGAUUCAAUGAGGAAUCUUUUAUACAAUUCAAAGGCUUGCCCGAAUUUGCUAUGACUCUUUAUUAACACCCUUCUCAAACUGGCAUGAUUGAUUUGUUUGUGCAUGGGAAGUUGUAUUCAUUGUAAAACUGUUUGUAAUUCGUUGUCUGAUUCUUCAACAAUAACUAUUAUAAUAAAUACUGAUUUAUUUUGCUGGCCUUGUAUUCAUCAAGUUCAUAAUCUGAUUUAGUUUCUGGUGAACAAAUAACUACUUAGGUUCAGUUUUCAUUGAUUUCAUGUAGAUAUAUUAUCCAAGUGGAUUCAGCCAAAUGUGCACUAAGUCCAAA